AUGGGUGGGAUUCUGGUCGCUCCGCGAGACUAUCCUGCCUUUCCUGUUGACAGCCAACAACUCGCCUACCUCAUCGAACAUAAGGGGUUGGUCAUGCCAGAGAUCCCUUCGCUGGAUAUUCAAGCUCUGAACAAAGCAGACGGCCUGGCACGCUUGGUGACCCUCAUCCAGAUGACCUGGUUUUGCAUCUCUUUCAUUGCUCGGGGUGCAACUGGGCUGGGAUACUCGACACUUGAAGUGACAACGCUCGCAUUCAUAAUUUGCACGCUACAUACAUUCUCCUUCUGGUACUAUAAGCCUUUAGAUCCACAGUCGCAGCGCGUCGUGCCUAUCGACGCCAGCAUUGAUCAACUUUGCCAGCGACCAGGUCCUGACACAACGAGCUCGAAGACAACUCCUGAAGUCACUGUCACCACCACCACCACCACCAGUCCCCCCGUCAUCGCCAGCGCACCUGCGGCUCCAGCAACCUCCUCCUUGUGCAUCGAGACUUACUCACGGACUCCACUCGACUUCGUCAAGCCGCCCCCUGACCCGAAGAGUCUGACGGUGCCGUUCUGGUACGGCUUUUCAGCCGUGUUCUUCCAUGAACAGAAGGCCCAACAGAAGCCCGCACAGACCAUGGCGAACAGCGUCACCCUCCCGCCCGGCGGCCUCACCAUGGGCGUGACUAUCUACACGAUGCUGUUCCAGCUCAUGUACCACGGGCUCCACCUCGGCUUCGCGUGGCUGGCCGCGUUCCCCUCGCGCACCGAGUUCUACCUCUGGCUCGUGUCCAGCGGCACCGACUUCGUCCUGAUCCUGCUCUACUGCCUCGUCGCCCCGCUUGGCGCGUACAACACGCGCGAGCUGGGCCGGUACUUUUUCAAGCACGAGGCCACCAGCAUCCCCGAGCUCGCGAAUAUGUUGCCGCCCUGGCUUAAAAUCCUAUUGCACGCCCCCUUCGUUGUCGUGUACAUGGCUGCGCGGGCCAUCGUGCUGGCCGAGUCGCUCGCCAGUCUCCGAGCACUCCCUGCGUCCGUCUACCAAGACGUGAACUGGCCAAACUUCAUGCCGCACGUGUGA